AUGUCUCUCGAAAGCGAAGCAGUCGCUAGCGCGACCAUCGAGCUCCUCGAGGCGCGUUUGCGCCGUCUCUCCUACCUCCUGACCGGCGGCACCGGCUGGACCGGCGUCCCAUCAACACCAGAGAAGCCCGCCUCGCUCGACGAAACAGUAUCACGUCGACUUGCCCGGUUAGAGCGAGAAUUGGAGAAAUUGAGCCGGAACGUCCCCGCAGUGCGCGAUGUGAUCCAACUACACGACCGCUUCCCAGAUCUCUUCAACCCGCCCACCCCCCACGACAUCCCCGAAGACCUCACCCCCCGCACCCUCUCCUCAAUCGUCCUCUCCUACGCAACCGCCUUCCCCGAAACCGCCUCACGACUUACAUCCCUUAAUGACCUGCCGAUCCCGGACGCAUCAUCCUCGGCGGCUUUGAUCGCGCUACAGCCACAGAUAGACCGUCUCGCGCAGACACAGACCGAGCAGGCAGCUGCCGUGUCGGAACUACGCGUGCGCACGGCACGCGUGCUGCAGCGGUGGUAUGAGGUUGGGGUUGUGGGGAGUGGAGAGUGUUGGGCUGAGUGGGAGGGGAGAUUGGAGGGGGUUGAGAGAGAGGUACGGAGGAGGGAGGUUUUGAGGGCGAAGAGGGAGAAUGAGAUUUGA